AUGGAACAUAAUGGCCCAGAUCACGAUAGCAGAUCCAGCAUCGAUACGACCAUCAAUGACACUCAAAAGAGUUUUUUAGAAUUCAGGUCCUACACUCAAUUAAGUGAAAAACUGGCAUCCGACCCUUCAUACGCAACGCCACAACCAGACGAUGAGGGUCCUAAAGGGAUAGCUGCUGCGGUAAUGCAAGGCUCCGAAUCUGUAGUUUCAUGGACAACGUUAACUCACGUGUAUUCCAUCUUAGGUGCCUAUGGAGGGCCUACAUGUUUGUAUCCAACAACCACGUAUUUUUUAAUGGGCACCUCCAAAGGAUGCAUACUCAUUUUCAACUUUAACGAGUAUUUGCAAUCGGUUCUAGUGCCGACAUUGUCCGAGGACCCUUCUGCCCACUCAAUAAGAAGCCCAGUGAAAUCGAUUGUCGUGUGUUCUGAUGGCACCCAUGUAGCCGCCUCGUAUGAGACUGGCAGCAUAUGCAUCUGGAAUUUGAACGUGGGGCAGAGAGUAAAAACCGCUUCCGAACAAACAAGCGGUAUAAUCUCAACGCCUGCCUUACCAGCAAUCCUACAUAUCGACGAACACCUAAACCAGGAAAUCACAGGGUUGGACUUUUUCGGAGCUCGUCAUACUGCCCUGAUAGUUAGUGAUAGAACAGGCAGAGUAUCGCUCUACAACGGUUAUAGAAGAGGAUUUUGGCAGUUAGUCUACAAUUCCAAGAAAAUUUUAGACGUCAAAUCUUUCAAUGAAAGACUAAUAAGGUCGAAACUGUCUCCCGUAAUAACGCAGGAGAAAUUUUCCACGAACUUGUUGAGUGUACUCACAACCACUCAUUUUGCCCUUAUUUCAUUGUCUCCGCAUGUUUCUUUGAUAUUUCAGGAAACUAUCGAACCUUCCAUACAAAAUUCUCUAGUGGUCAACAGUUCGAUUUCGUGGACUCAAAACUGUUCCAGGGUUGCAUAUUCCGUUAAUAAUAGAAUUUCUGUUAUUUCGGUGUCCUUAUCUGACCUCAAUAUUCAAUCUACGAAGCAUUCCUCUGAGUUUGCAGAAUCUAUAUUAUCCAUUCAAUGGAUUGAUCAGUUUCUACUAGGUGUUUUGACCAUAUCUCAUCAGUUUUUAGUAUUAGAUCCACAACGAGAUUUUAAAGUUUUGCUAAGGCUCGAUUUUUUGAUUCACGAUCUAAUGAUUCCACCUAAUAAAUGUUUUAUAAUAAGCAGGAGAACGUUCUACUUGUUAACAAACUACUCAUUUAAAAUAGGCAAAUUUGUGUCCUGGUCGGAUAUCACCCUGAGACAUAUUUUAAAAGGGGAUUAUUUGGGGUCAUUAGAAUUUAUAGAAUAUCUUUUACAGCCUUAUUGUCCAAUGGCCCAUCUCCUGAAAUUAAACAAUGACACGGAAGAAAGAGUUAAACAGCUUAUGGAACCAUUUUAUAACUUGUCUUUGGCCGCCUUAAGAUUCCUUAUAAAAAAAGACGACGCAGACUACGAUAAAGUAUAUCAACUUCUAAUGGUUGUUGUCCGCGUAUUUCAGCGAUUUUCCAAGAGAUUGGAUUCAAUUCCUUCUUUGGAUGUCUUCUUGGAGCAAGGCCUGGAAUUUUUCGAAUCCAAGGACGAUGCGGUAUAUUUUGAGGUCGUGGCAAACAUUGUUGCACAGGGGUCUGUUACGGCAAUUUCCCCGGCUCUCUUUAAGUCCAUCAUUGAUUACUAUGCAAAGGAGGAAAAUCUAAAAGUUAUUGAAGACUUGAUUAUUAUGCUAGAUCCCGCUACACUGGAUGUUGAUCUUGCUGUCAAAUUGUGCCAAAAUUAUAAUUUGUUUGAUUUAUUAAUAUACAUUUGGAAUAAGAUUUUUGAUGAUUAUCAAACCCCACUGGUGGACCUGAUAUACAGAAUUUCCAACCAAAGUGAAAAAUGUGUCAUCUUCAAGGGCCCCCAAGCACCUCCUGCAACGACUAUAUUCGAUUACCUAACGUAUAUUCUCACCGGUAGGCAAUAUCCACAGAACCUUGGUAUAUCUCCCAGUAUUAAGUGCGCCGAAAUACAAGGAAAACUAACCACCUUUAUUUUUAGCGGCUACUCAAUAAAGUGGCCAUUGGACAGCAAACAGAAACUUUACAUAUGUAAAAAUCCGAAGGAAGAACCUGCAUUCCCCUACUUUAAUCUUUUAUUGAAAUCUGACCCCAACAGGUUUUUAGCAAUGCUUAAUGAAGUGUUUGAAGCGUCCUUGUUCAACGAUGAUAAUGAUAUGAUAACAUUAAUUGGAGAAUCCGAGUCUGUCAGUCGGCAGUAUGUCAUCGACUUGCUGUUGGACGUUAUGAAAACCACGGAACAUUGUGAUGAAGUUAGAGCUCUUGUUGCGAUUUUUAUCGCAACCAGUAUAUCAAAAUAUCCUCAGUUCAUUAAGGUAUCCAAUCAAGCAUUAGAUGGUGUCGUAAACACUAUAUGUUCCUCCAAGGUUGGCGGUAUAUUUGAAAUAUCUCAAAUAGCUCUAGAGUCACUUCUGCCUUUUUACCAUUCAAAAACUACUGAAAAUUUUAUACUAGAAUUGAGAGAAAAAAAGUUCAAUAAAGUCCUUUUUAAUCUUUAUAAAAGUGAGAAUAAAUAUUCCAAUGCGCUUUCGCUCCUUUUACAAACUGAAGAUGUCGAGAAAGAAUAUAAUACCGAUAUUGUAUCCAUUACCGAAUACAUUUUCAAGAAAUGUCCGCCUGGAAGUUUAGAAUAUGGCAAAGUUGAGGGAGUCAUCAAAAACAACUUCGAACUUCUGCUCUCAAGGAUUGGUAUUGAGAAAUGUGUGACAAUAUUCUCUAGUUUUGACUAUAGUCUUCAUCGAGAAAUUUUGAAAGUAAAUACUGAAGAGACUCAGCAAAUAUACUUAGAUAAGCUGUUUUCAAUGUCAACUUUCGGUAGUAAAGUAGAUAAACGUUUGAGGAACUUAUACAUCGAGUUGAAUAGUAAAUACAAGAGUGAAAAGGAAAUGAUUUUGUGGCUAAACGGCGUAGAUCUCAGUAAUGCUGAAAGCUUACAUAUUCUGGACCUGAUAAAUCAAAAUUCUAAUUUUGAAGCUGCGGCCGUAAUUCACGAACGUUUACAAAACUUUAACUUAGCAGUGAAGGAUCUAUUAAGCUCCAUUGAACGAUGUUUAAAUGAAGGUGAAACAAACAUAAAUAUCCUAUCGGAUUGUUUGAAGAGGGCUAUUGAUGACUGUAAUUCUGCUGGUGUUGAGAAGAAAUCGUGUUGGAUAUUUUUUAUUACUUUUCUAAUUACAUUAUAUGGGAACUAUUCCACACACAACGAGAAGAAAGAUCUGUGUAAUAAUUUGCUGCAAGAGGCAUUUCUAGGCUUAGUUAGGUCCAAAAGUUCUACUCAGAAGGAUGCAGGUGGGGAAUUCUGGGAGAUAAUGUCCUCCGUUCUUGAACACCAAGACGUCAUUCUGAUGAAAGUUCAAGAUCUAAAGCAACUAUUGUUGAAUGUCUUUACUACUUAUGAACUGGAGAGAUCCCUUUCUGGACUGAUUCAGAAGAUAAUAGAGGAUUCCUCGCAAGAUCUUGUUCAACUGUAUAGGAAAUUUCUGAAUGAAGGAUGGGCCAUACAUACGGACGACUGCGAAGUCUGCGGGAAAAAAAUAUGGGGCGCCGGCUUGGACCCUUUACUUUUUUUGGUUUGGGAAAAUGUUCAGCGUCAGCAGGAUACGAUUAGCAUGGAUCUUGAAAUGCCCCUAGUCAUAUUUAAGUGUCAUCAUGGUUUCCACCAAACUUGUCUCGAAAACCUAGCCCAAAAGCCCAAUGAAUAUUCUUGUUUAAUUUGUCCAGCCAAAUCAGACCAAAGUAAGCAUAUUUAA